AUGAAGGGGAGGCCGCUGUUCAAGAGCCCUCUCCCCCGCAGCUACCUCUCCGACACCUCCAGCGUCUCGUCGGCCGCCGUCGCCACCCACCGCGUCUACCAAGUCUGGAGAGGGAAGAAUAGAUUCCUGUGCGGCGGUCGGCUCAUCUUCGGCCCGGACGCGAGCUCCAUCGUGCUCACGGUGGCGCUCAUCAUGACGCCGCUCGCGCUUUUCGUCGCCUUCGUCUCGUUCCGCCUCGCCGAGCUCAUCGGGAAGCCGCUCGGCACCGCCGUCCCGGCGACGGCCAUGGCGGUCGGCGUAUUCGACGUUGUGGUGCUGGUGCUCACGUCGGGUCGGGACCCCGGCAUCAUCCCCCGGAACGCGCGUCCGCCGGAGCCCGACGACGCGGCGACGGACAGCUCCUCGUUCGCGUCCCCCGCGACGGGCGCGUCGUGGUCGCUGCCGCCGACGCGCGACGUGUACGUGAACGGCGUGGUGGUGAAGGUGAAGUACUGCCACACGUGCAUGCUGUACCGGCCCCCGCGCUGCUCGCACUGCUCCGUCUGCAACAACUGCGUGGAGCGCUUCGACCACCACUGCCCUUGGGUGGGCCAGUGCAUCGGCCGCCGGAACUACCGCUUCUUCUUCAUGUUCAUCUCCUCCACCACCUUCCUGUGCCUCUACGUGUUCGCCUUCUGCUGGGUCAACCUGCUGCUCAUCUCCCGGCAGUACGGCGUCAGCUUCGGCCACGCCGUCGCCGAGUCCCCGGUGUCCGGCUGCCUCAUCGUCUACACCUUCGUCACGGCAUGGUUCGUCGGCGGGCUCACGGCGUUCCAUUCCUACCUCGUGUGCACCAACCAGACCACGUACGAGAACUUCCGGUACCGGUACGAGCGCAAGGCCAACCCCUUCAACCGCGGCGCCGGCAGCAACAUCGCCGAGAUCUUCUUCUCGCCGAUCCCGCCGUCCAGGAACGACUUCCGGGCCAAGGUGUCCCCCGCCGACCCGGACGCCGCCGCGCUCUACUACCUCGGCCCGCUGUCGUCCGAGUCGCGGAUCAGCUUCUACACCAGGGCCAGCCUCAGCUUCGACAUGGCCAAGGCCAGCUUCGACCUCAACUACUCCGCCAAGCGCACCAGCGUCGCGUCCUCCGACUUCGGCGAUAUCUACGGCGGCAGCCACGGCGGGGCGGUCGACCGGGUCUCGACUACGCACCUGCAGCAGCCGCGGCACUCCAUCUUCGGCGGGCCCGGCAGGGAGAGCAAGAAGGCGGAGGACGAAGCGGACGCCGUCACGAAGGAGCUCGGGGCCACCAUGCACACGCACUACGGCGACGCCGCCGGCCGCCCGCGCGGGAGGGAGUUCGAGGUGGUGUGA